UUGGACUGAGUCGUAGUUCUAUUUUAGGCCGAAUUAAAAAAAAAGUAUUGGACCGAGGCAUAGUUGUAUUAAUGGAUCCUAAAUUCUAAUAAAUUCCAAAUUCUCAACCCUGACAUGAUUUUGGUUUUGGGUACUUUCUCUCUCUCUCACUCUACAAAUUUGAGUAGCAAAGCACAAAUCUUUGUGUACUUUUGCCAGUUCCGUAUUACAGGUGAAUGAAUUUGAUUGGUUUUGUGUGCCUACGCUGUUAAAGAAAAGCCGAAACAAAACGAAACGAAAAAGAAAAUUAACAAGAGUGAUCAAGCAAUGAUGAAUAACCUUAACAGUGUCGGUGACCCUGAGCAGAGUGAACUCGAAUCAUAGGUACAAGAAAAAUGGAUGCUUGGGGUACUUGACGGGACCAUUCAGAACAACCCAGUUGUUCAGAAGCAGGCAAUCAUUUUUUUCCUCUCUAUACGCGAUGGCCCCAUCGAAACCCAUUAACCACCAAAGCCACCCUGACCAGGUUGCCGACUCAAAACCCUCCGCCAGAGCCCAGCACUGCUUCUCUAGCAGCUAGGACGAUCACCGCUACAGCCCGGCUCGGAGUGGCGGCCCACAGAGAAAACCAAGCAGAGACGGAUGUUGAAAUAUACUUGAAACCUUUAGCCUGGGGAACCCAGUUGGUAAAUAAAGAUAAAAAAAGGAAAGGUCAGUUACUGAAUAAAAGGUAAUAUUUCGUUUUCGCAUUUAUUUGUGCUUUAAAAGGUUAGUAUUUAGUGCAAUAUAUGCAAACAAAAUCCCCUUUAUAAUCAUGUUCACUAAGAACCCAGUUGGGAAAUUUGAGACCUUUUGUUUGGGGAGUUAGUUAAAUUUGUUAGAUUUUUCAUGGAUUUUGGGAUACUAUACUAUUUUUGUUCGAAUUGCUGCAUGAGCUUUGUAGUGGGGAAUUUGGCAUGAGAAGGAGUUUAAGGUCAAAGUGGAAGCGAUUGGCCGUGUUCGCUGUAAGAAUCAAUUUAGUGAGGUUGAUUGGUUAUUGUGAGCUCAUAGGUAAUUUCGCUGAAGGAGUCAUAGUUAAUUUUGAUCUUCAUUUGCUAUAUCGUGUAUGCUUUCGAGUUUUGAUAUUUUGUUUAAUGCAUGGCCUUCUCUUGAUGGCUAAUUUGUUAAGAAUCUUUGUAAUUACUGGACUGCCUCCACAUCAAAGGUUUAGUCUCUCAUCGAGCUCUGAAGAAUUGAGCUCAAUAUAUGGAAGCAGACAUCAUGGUCAACAAGUGGAGGAGAUAGAGGAAGAAUUCUAUGAAGAGUUGCUACUGUAUAAUUAUGUUUUUUUAUACAUUGUCAUUUGAAUUUUUGCAAAACAUAACGCAUGAGGAAGUAUGUUGGUAUUUGAUUUUGAUUUUAGUUGUAGAAAUUAACAAACAUAUAAUACAUACCUUUUCAGGUGAUGACAUCGACAGUGUCGACAUCAUGCAUUUAGGUUGGCAAGUGGUUUUUCAAGCUUUUGCAACCACUUUCGGUCUUGCAAGGGUUAUAAUCUUAAUCAACAAGAUGCAAAACGAGGUGGGAAUCAACACCCAGCUCUUCAUCCCAAGAAAAUGGAAGAACGAAAAGGGAAUAUGAGAUGAUAUUGAAGGCAGCCUUGCAAAGCAUCUGCUUGCUUGAUUCAAGUACCACAACCGCGGUUAUUGUUUUGGUGAGAUGUUCUUGAGUCUUUAAUAUUCUAGGCAUUGUGUCAGCAACUUGAGAUGAUUGUAAAGCAGUACAUGUAGCGUUGAUGCUUUUUACUUUACACGCGUAUUUGUCUCGUUGGAAUUAAACUUGCAAUGUACAGAGUUAUGCCAAGAAAAAUCAGGGCCUUUGGAAGAGUUUCUGUUACAAAAUUCGGGAGCUAUCCUAUCCAUAUAUGCUUCCAUUUAGUAAGAUUGGGGUGAUAAAGAUUUCUAAGGUGUUUUCUGAGUUGUUUUGGAGCUGCAUUCAUUUCUUGGAAGACCACAUUAAGAAGCAUUUUGUGAAUAUAUGCCUUACGGAAAAUUUUCGAUAUUUAAUCCUCCUUUUGUUUUGGUUUCGCGUUAGCACAUGGCGUAUUUUGUUUUGCUUGAUGAUUAUUCGAUGUGCCGUUAAAUUUGAGUAUCUUUAUGUGGAAAUGAUUCAUAGUUGUUGCGGAUUAUAGCAGCACUUUGUUUUGAUUUGUAAACAAACCAUGUACUUUAUCUUUGUUUUGGGUUACAAUAUAACGUUUGACGAUUGAAUUUGUAACAGGGUUGAGCAAUUUUUUCAGAAACUUACUAUUCUUGCGAGAUGCUCAAGUAUUAUGUCUUCUGCUUUUCUUUUUUCCUCUUUCUAUGUUUCUCCUCCAUGUAGUAGGCUGAUUACUUGAAACUAUUAUAUUGAUGACACAAUACGAUCUACAAAUGAAUAUUUCUUAUAGCUAUCCAUAUAUGGCAAGCAAAGUUUGACUUCAUUGGUUCUUAAGUACUAAGACGUCUUUUUAGUUGCUUUGUGUGGAAACUAUUCAUGCAUAUUGUGACUAACACAAUCAACACCCUUAGCAAAGUGUGGGCACAUUUUUUAGUUAUGAGUAAAUAUAUGACAUUGAAAUGUUAUAAAAAUAUCGUAUGAGGUUGUAAUUGUACCAAAACUUAAGAGGUAAAAUGUAUUACUCUUUCUACCUGCACAUUUAGCCCUGUUUAGGUAGGAAUAUUAUAUCUCAAUAAAUAUCACAUCAAUCAAAGAAAUUAAUUUUUUUAAGGACCCACCAUUCAAAGAAAGUAAUUAUUCCAUCUUAUCAUCUAUGAAACUUUUGUCAAAGAUUCCUAGACUCUGUCCGACUACUGCUCUCAUUGAUGUGUUAGAAAAUGCGGUCUCAAUCUCAUGCCGUAGAGGGUGGUUUGUCGUAGAGGAUGGUUUAGAAAAAGUGCUCAUGUCGUAGAGGGUGGUUUAGAAAAAGUGUGGCUCCCUAGUAUAUAUAGCUAGCACUACUCUGGAUGGUUUAUUGCUCGUACACAUCACUACUUCAUACACUAAAACUUUAUGGAGAGAAGCAUGAGAGUUGUUUUACUACUAAUCAGGGUUCUAGCUGUUACAACCAUUACUUUCAGUAUUGGUUUAUGCAAUGGAAUUCCCGGUUGGCCUCCGCUUUGCAAAGAAAGCGAAAGAGAUGCACUUCUGAUGUUCAAGCAAGAUCUCAAGGACCCUGCCAAUCGGCUUUCGUCGUGGGUUGCAGAAGAAGGUUCAGACUGUUGCAGUUGGACAGGAGUUGUCUGUGAUCACAUAACUGGCCAUAUCCACGAGCUGCACCUGAAUAGUUCCCACUCUGAAUGGGAUUCCGACUUGUUAAGUGGUAAGAUAAAUCCUUCUUUGCUCAGUUUAAAGCAUCUCAACUACUUGGACUUGAGUCACAAUGAUUUCAGUACAACACGAAUUCCUAGUUUCUUUGGUUCUAUGACAAGUUUAACGCACCUUAAUCUUGGACACUCACAGUUUUAUGGAAUAAUUCCUCAUAAGCUGGGAAAUCUCUCCAGUCUACGCUAUCUCAAUCUCAGUAGUAACAUUCUGGAGGUUGAAAACCUUCAGUGGAUUUCUGGUCUUUCUAUGCUGAAACACUUCGACUUAAGUUAUGUAAAUCUUGGCAAAGCAUCUGACUGGUUGCAAGUUACAAACAUGCUCCCUUCUUUGGUAGAGUUAGAUAUGUCCCAUUGUGAACUUCAUCAAAUUCCCCCUCUACCCACCACAAAUUUUACUUCCCUGGUUGUCCUUGAUCUUUCUGGUAACAGUUUUUAUUCUUUGAUGCCGAGGUGGGUUUUCAGUCUUAAAAAUCUAGUUUCUCUUCAUCUCAGUGGUUGUGGUUUCCAAGGUCCAAUUCUUAGCAUUUCACAGAAUACCACAUCUUUGAGGGAAUUUGAUUUGUCAUACAAUUCUAUUAGUCUUGAUCCGAUUCCCAAAUGGUUGUUUAACCAAAAAUUCCUUAAAUUGAGUCUAGAAGCCAAUCAACUUACAGGACAACUUCCAAGCAAUAUUCAGAAUAUGACUUGUCUUAAAGUUCUUAAUCUCGGGAGGAACGAAUUCAAUUCUACCAUACCUGAAUGGUUGUAUAGCUUGAACAAUCUCGAGUCCUUGCUUCUUUCUCGCAAUGCCUUACGUGGUGAACUAUCGAGUUCCAUUGGAAACCUUAAAAGUUUAAGGCACUUUGAUCUUUCAUGUAAUUCAAUAUCAGGUCCCAUUCCAAUGUCCCUGGGAAACCUGUCAAGCUUAGUAGAACUAGAUAUAUCUAGAAAUCAGUUUAAUGGAACUUUCACAGAAGUUAUUGGUAAACUCAAAAUGCUAACAGAUUUGGAUAUAUCUUAUAAUUCGUUCGAAGGUGUGAUGUCGGAAGAUUCUUUUGGUAACCAUACAAAAUUGAAGUAUUUCAUUGCAAAAGGAAACUCAUUUACUCUGAAAACUAGUCGAGAUUGGCUUCCUCCUUUUCAACUUGAAAGUUUACAAUUGGAUUCAUGGCAUCUGGGACCUGAAUGGCCAAUGUGGCUUCAGACACAAACACAGUUAACAGAUCUAAGCUUAUCUCGUACAGGAAUUUCAAGUACUAUUCCAACUUGGUUUUGGAACUUAACAUUCCAAUUAGGUUAUCUGAAUCUCUCUCACAAUCAAUUGUACGGGGAGAUUCAAAAUAUAAUUGCUGCUCCUGGUUCAGUAGUUGAUCUUGGUUCUAACCAAUUCACUGGUGCAUUGCCUAUUGCUCCCACCUCAUUAAUUUGGCUAGAUCUUUCCAAUUCAUCAUUUUCUGGAACUGUUUUCCACUUCUUCUGUGAUAGGCCGGAUGAACCAACGUUUCUUUCUGUUCUUUAUCUCGGGAAUAAUCUUCUCACUGGAAAAUUACCCGACUGUUGGAUGAGUUGGCAAUCCUUGAUAGUCCUAAAUUUAGAAAACAACUACCUAACUGGGAAUGUCUCAAUGUCCAUGGGAUACUUGCCAUAUCUGACCUCGCUGCACUUGCGCAAUAAUCACCUGUACGGAGAAUUCCCACAUUCCUUACGGAACUGUGCCCUGUUGUCAGUUGUUGACCUUAGUGGAAAUGGGUUUGUCGGAAGCAUACCAAUAUGGAUGGGUAAAAGCCUUUCAGGUUUGAAGGUUCUUAACCUUCGUUCGAAUGAGUUUGAAGGAGACAUUCCUUCUGGAAUCUGUUAUUUGGAAAGUCUUCAGAUAUUGGACCUUGCACAUAAUAAACUCUCUGGAACGAUACCGAGAUGCUUCCACAAUUUGAGCGCCAUGGCUAAUUUGUCAAAAUCAUUUUCUUCAACAAUGCUUAGGAGCGGUGCUUUUGAUGAGUAUUAUUCAGUUCCAGAGAAUGCAAUCUUGGUAACGAAAGGGAUACAAAUGGAAUAUACCAAGAUUCUGAAAUUUGUAAAAAGCAUGGAUCUUUCAUGCAACUUUUUGUAUGGAGAGAUCCCUGAAGAACUUACUGACCUCCUCGCAUUGCAGUCACUCAAUUUAUCAAAUAAUUGUUUCACCGGAAGAAUUCCUUCAAAGAUUGGUAAUAUGGAACGGUUAGAGUCUCUCGAUUUUUCCAUGAACCAACUUGAUGGUGAAAUUGCUCCAAGUAUGACGAAUUUGACAUUUCUGAGUCACUUAAACUUGUCCUACAACAAUUUGAUGGGACGAAUUCCGGAAAGCACUCAGCUGCAGAGCCUUGAUCAGUCUAGCUUCGUCGGCAACGAACUAUGCGGAGCUCCACUCAACAAGAAUUGCAGUGCGAAUGGGGUGAUACCGCCACCAACGGCUGAGCAAGAUGGAGGAGGAGGAUACAGUUUACUUGAAGACAAGUGGUUCUACGUGAGCCUGGGAGUCGGAUUCUUCACGGGGUUUUGGAUUGUGCUUGGUUCUUUGCUGGUAAACAUGCCAUGGAGCACUCUUCUUUCACAGUUGCUGAAUAUGAUGGUGCUUAAGAUGUAUCAUGUAAUUGUUGAAUAUGUUUAGCUUUGUGUUGUACUUUUGAGUAAGUUUGUUGGCAUUUUCCUUGCUGUGACGAAUACGCCAGUAUGGUUGUGUUGUAUGAUUUUGUCAAAUUUCAUCCUCUUGUUUCAUCGUAUUUUUCUUUCAGGUUUGGUUUUAGAGGGAUUAGGUUUCAUGUCCCCUCUUCCUUGUAUCGUUUGUGUUUUCGUUUCUAGAGAGGUAAGGUUUAUGUCCCUCCUUCUUACUCAA